AUGCAGUCGUCCCUGCUGCGGCCCAGCUCGCUGCGGCGAGGGUACCACUACGUGCACCCCAAGACCGGGAGACCCAUUCGCCAGUAUCGCAAGUACGGUGACCCUCGCUUCAUUAACAACGAAGUUGCCCUCAUCAACGGCCUUUUUGCGCUCAUCACGACCGACUUUGGUAUGGUGACGCAGUCGCAGCUGGAGAACGCGCGUCUCGCCAUAUUGCGCCGCAUGCCGCGUGGCUCCUUCGCCCUCACCAUGCACACCGACUACGAGGAGUUUCCCGUCGUGCAAAAGAGCCCCGAGUCGCGUAUGGGUGCUGGUAAGAGCAACAUCCACCACUUCGCUUACAAGUUCACCACCGGCGUGCCGCUGUUCGAGAUUACGGCGCUGUCCUCGCGGCGGCUGAACCAGGCAGAAGCUGAAGGCAUCUUCUUAGCAGGGCGGUCGUUCAUUCCGCUUCAGACGGCAGUGGUACCGCGCGGCCGCGUGGAUGAAUACCACGUCUUCAAGUAA